AUGCCAUCCCUCUACACGCUAGCCGUCCCCGCCAUUCUCCGCGGCGUCAAAAACGCCGCCGCAUUCCUUGCCUACGCCGAGAACUACGCCAAACAGAACAACAUCGACCCGGAGGAAUACCUCAGCGCAUCCCUCUACCCGGACAUGCGAGACUUCCGCUUCCAGAUCUACCGCAUCGCCGACUUCGCGAAGUACACGGCUACGCGCGUGGCCAAGGACGUCGAUUCCUUCUCGCAGCCCGACACGGAGCAGACCUUCCCCGAGCUGAUAGCCAAGCUGCAAGCUGUGAUUGCCUUCCUGGAGGGCGUGAAAGAGGAGCAGUUUGAGGGCCAGGACGACAAGGAGAUUGUCGUGCAUGUGGGAUCGGAACGGAAUUUGGAGAUUAAGUUGAUCGAUUACAUCAAUUACUACAACAGCCCCAAUUUCUGGUUCCACCUUACUACGGCUUACGAUAUUUUGCGCCACAAGGGCGUCGAUGUUGGCAAGGGUCACUUCCUUAACGCUUCUGGGGAAACGAAAAUCACCGUUCUGCAGAAGUAG